AUGUCAAAACGCAAAAAUCAAGCCGACAACAAGGAUUCCGAUAGCGACUCGGAAGACACUCCGACGUUCAUCGAUGUAGAUUUUGACUUUUUUGGCUUCAAUGCAACGAUGGACUACCACGCCAUCAAGCGUCUUCUCGAUCAGCUCUUCGGUGUGGAUGCUGAAGGUCUCAGCACACACGCUCUUACAGACCUGGUGCUUUCACAGCCUGAUAUAGGGACCACGAUCAAGACUGAUGGAGAGGAGAGCAGCCCAUAUGCAUUCUUGAGCGUUUUAAAUAUCGGUGUACACAACGACAACGUAUCUAUAAAGUCGGUUGGAGACAAUGCAUUCUACGAGUCACUAUUGACAGUACUACGUGAUCCGCAGUGUCAUGUAGGACUCGUUCUAUGCGAAAGGUUGAUCAACAUGCCUGUGCCUGUGAUACCUCCCAUGUACCGUAUGCUCGUGGAUGAGCUCAAGGAUGCAGUUGAAGAGAACGAACCCUUCAAUUUCACCCACCUGAUUUUUAUAUCGCGUGUAUACAAACUUACUCCAGAGGAGGAGGACGCGAUGGCUAUCCCUCAACAACAAUCAGGAAAAGCAUCAAAAAGACAAAAAUCUCAAAACUCGAAUGGCGAAACGAACGAUAGAAGCGCGGACGGAGUAUAUCCGUUCCACCCAGAGGAUGAGGAAAUUCGAAAGUUUGCCUCUCAUCAUCUGAUUUUUCCGUAUUCGAAUGCCCAGCCACGCAAUGCAGAGUCAUUUGGAUUAGACACGGCUGGACGGUUGAUGCUUGUGCCAGCAGCACAACUCACGGAGCUGACGAGAGUACUUGGGGAUGUAUUUCGGCCACCUGGAAAUGUGUAA